UCUGAGGAUUCAAACUACGGCCGGCCCUCUGAUUCAGACCUGUCAUUGGAUGAGGAGAGAGAAGCUUUAAGAAGAGAGACCGAAAGACAAGCAUUAGCACAAUUAGAAAAAGCUAGGACAAAGCCAGUUGCCUUUGCGGUACGAACAAAUGUAAAUUAUGACGGUUCUAUAGAUGACGACUCCCCUGUGCAAGGAUGCGCAAUAUCUUUUGAAGUAAAAGACUUCCUACAUAUAAAAGAGAAAUACAACAAUGACUGGUGGAUUGGUAAAUUAGUAAAAGAAGGAGCCGAUAUAGGCUUCAUUCCUAGUCCAGCCAAGCUAGAGAACAUGAGGUUACAGGCUUCAGGGACAAGAAAUAGACUUGGAAAGUCCACCAGUGGUCUCAGUUCCAGCUCUAACCUCGGCGACUUCCCGACCGGACUACCUAACUCAAAGUCAUCCAAUUCAAGAGGUUCUACUCCCCCAACUCCAGAUGGGGACCAGAACGGGCUAGAAGAGGACACAGGCGAUACGCUAAGUCGGUCAAGAGGAAGCACGAUUUCGCCACAGCCUAAGGAGAAGCGUAAACCAUUCUUCAAGAAGACGGAAAAUGUUCCUCCAUAUGAUGUGGUGCCAUCAAUGCGACCUGUUGUACUGGUCGGCCCCUCCCUCAAGGGUUAUGAGGUCACUGAUAUGAUGCAGAAAGCACUCUUUGAUUACUUGAAAAGAAAGUUUGAAGGAAGGAUUUGCAUCACACGUGUGACAGCAGACAUUGCCCUUGCCAAGCGGUCAGUUCUCAACAAUCCUAAAAGUCGGCAGAUCAUUGAACGGUCUAAUAGUCGCUCAUCCAGUAUAGCUGAAGUGCAGGCGGAGAUAGAUAGAAUAUUUGAGUUAGCGCGUAGCAUGCAGCUUGUCAUCCUGGAUUGCGACACCAUCAAUCACCCUAGUCAACUUGCUAAGACGUCUCUUGCCCCUAUCAUUGUCUAUGUCAAAAUCUCUUCUCCAAAGGUACUACAACGGCUAAUAAAAUCCCGCUCAAAAUCUCAGAGUAGAAACAUGAAUGUACAGCUAGUAGCAUCCGACAAACUAGCUCAGUGCCCUCCUGACCUCUUUGAUGUGAUAUUGGAUGAGAAUCAAUUAGAAGAUGCUUGUGAGCACAUGGCUGAAUACCUAGAAGCAUACUGGCGGGCCACCCAUGGGCCAGAGGUAGAGGUCCCCGCCAAGGCAGGCCCCCAACACAACUCACCAAUGCAUAACAUUCUACAGCGGGUAGGCUCGCACCGCAGUCAUUCAGAGAAGCAGGACAAGAAAGCGGACUACCACCAUCAUAAACGGGGCAAGGACGAGAACGACGGAAGCGACCCCAACGAGCCUUACGAGAGCGGAUACCGCAGUGAUUCCCGUGAGCAUCCAAGCGAUUACAUAAGGGAUGACAGGGACGCUCGCUAUAACCAGAGGCCCGUCUCGCCCACAGACGGUAGAGGAUAUUUUGAUAAUGAUCGGAGGGAUCGUGACAAGGAUAGAGACUAUGAUUCCCAUGGAGGAAGGAAACAUGUGAAGGGAGACAGGACUCGUGAUGUCGAACGAGGUCCUCAUGAUAGAGGACCCCGGGAUAGGCAUUAUACCGAAAGAGAUGCGGUCAGGUACGAGAGUGAAUACCCGAGUAGACAAGAACAGAGAAAUCGCUAUGCAGACAGAGAACGUGAUCGCUAUGAUGAUAGGUCAGGUCAGGUCAGCGAGCGUGGGCGGUAUCCGCCGGAGAGGGGGUCCAGCUCUCGCGGUGGACACAGUCGGGAGCACGAGAUCGAGAUGGAGGAGAUGUUUGGCAGACGAGGUCGCGAGGGUCCAACAUACCCUGAGCAGUACCAUCAACGGUACCAGGACUCUAGAGAAAGGGUACGGCGCGAUGCCUCACCGGGUCCUCGCCAGCGCAUGGGGCGUCCCUGACGCUGACCUCCUGCUUCCGCCUAUCACGGUGGUCUCAUUUUAUUUUGGAAGUUUCAUCAAUGCCAGUAGAGCAACCUAACUCCACGUGGAGUUGAUAUCUCGUACUGCGAGCAUUGAAUUUAUGUGUUCCAGCCAAGUUGUACUCUCAACACAGUUCCUGCAGCAGUUGUAGUAGUCCAGCCUUCUUUCUACUACUUUUUUCUAUGAAAAAAAUGGCUGUGUAUGUUGGAGUUGCCUGAUUUCUGAUAGUUUUUUUUUUACGCUUCUCUAUAACUUCAGAUCUUUUGAAUCAGAGCAUUCUGCAUAUGGUAUCGCGUGAUCGAGAGAGGUAGCGCAUUGAAUUGCUAAAGAAAGCAUUUUUGGUGGCAGCAGCUUGGUGUUGGGUCUUGACAGUAUCAACCAGUGGUCAUUUGAGAACCACUUGAUAAGAGUUAGGAAAGAGAUCGGUUUAUUAUCCAAGUGACCACUGCAACCAAAUGACAUCUAUUUACUAACCAACGGUGUCAAACUUUUGAUGGAUUUUUGAAAAGAAGAUGAUUCACCUCAAUAGAAUUCUAAAGAAGUUCUGGUGAAAUGGGAAGUUUGUGAUCUAUCUCUCUCAUUCUCUCUUUUCUCUAUCAUUUUGUUGUUUCCAAGUUUUUAAAGAUUUAUUCAGCAUAUUUUUGGGGUGAUCAAAUUUCUAUACUUCUGACAUUUAGACAUAUAUCAUGACUUGACUACUUGGACAGAGCUCAUGUUAGGUAGUGUUUGACAAACUAACAAUACUUUGAAAGUGUUUUGAAUAUCAUGAAGAUAAGUCAGCACACAGUGGCUAUGUGUAGUAUACACAGAAAAAAAAGGAGUAAACGACAGAAUUGUAAUUCACUGAAUUAGAAGGAAGUGAAUGUAUUUGGAGAAGGGGUUUUGAACCACCACAUCGUCAAAAUAUUUGACGAUUGGUUGAGAUUUGACAGACCAUCCUGUGGGUGUUAUAAUUAACCUCUGCAGGCAGGGUUCUUUGUAUCACAUGAUUUAUGAUGCGGUGAUCACAUGAUCAGUACACAGUGGUCACAUGACCAGUCUGUAUCAAUUCCAUUUUUUUCCACGGUUGGUCCGCAAGCUUUGUAACUUUUGUAUAGAUGUGUGAGAAAUGCAUGCUAUAGAAACAAAUUUGUUUUGCUUGAGCUUGUAUCUCAAAAAUGUAGAACAAAUCUUUGUCGUUUUUCCCCUACGAUUUCACCGUAUAAAAUCACACUUGUGUGUGUUUUGUAACUAUUUUCCACUUCUUGAAUUUAAUUUUUUUUUGGUCUGAUUUCUGUCUGUUCCCAUUGAUCAAUUCUUAUCCUUUUUGUAUCCUGUUUCUUUUUUGUGGUUGUCAUGUAUUUCUGCCCUAUCUGUCUUCAAAUAUUUUCCUGCGAAACAUUCAUAAACACAGAAGAAUUGUACAUGUUUAUAAUAUUAUACAUGUUUGUGCCAUGGUCGUUUAGUAGAAAGCACAAGAUUCUUCCAUACCUACGACAGUGUUCUAAAACAUUCAUAAUAUGGUUGAGAUAAGAGGUCCAGGAUUGGUGUAUCUUUGCAUGAUAAAAAUUACAAUUUUAUCGUUAAAACAGUGUGUGCAUAGUAGAGACAAGAAUCAUAUAUAUAAAUAUAUAUACAUAUAACAUUUAUUAUAUCAUCGCUAGUGAAAUAUAUCAGUUUUAUCAAUGGUUUGGGUGAUUAACUAAACAGUAAAAGACAAACUAUUAGAGAGAUGGUUUAGAUGUUUUGAAUGCUUGCCUCCAAAGUGAGGCCUUUUGCUAUUCAGAUGGAUAACCUGUUUGAAAUAGCUCUAUGAGAUUGAGUCUCUCUUCAACUUCUGAACAGUAUAAUAUUAUUAUCCAAUGGAGGACUAAAUGACAUAAUUAAAGAUCAAGAGAUAAGUUUCACCACAUCAUCUCAUGACCCAUAUUUUGUAGGUUAUGCAAAGUUUUUACCCAGCCAGUCUGAAGAACCAAUUUACUUUCCAUUUUAAGACUCUAAUAAUGCAAAGCGAUUAAGAGUUUAUUAAAUCAUUAACAAUGGAAGGGGGUAAGGAGGACAAUUUUGAAAAUAUUGUAUUCUCAAAGUUUUGUAAUUCAUUCCAUCACAAAAAGAGGCAUACUAUAAUCAUGACAGUACCAUGGAUCAUGCAUUGGUAACUUUAAAUUACUUAACAGGAUUAAAAAUCUCUGCCCCACUGACUUAUCUCUGCACAUAGACUUAUCCCAUGAGUAGUUUAUUGAACCAUUUUCAAAAUUGAUUUAAAAAAUGUGUCCAUUCAGUGAAAAACCUCAUUGGAAGGCAUAUACCGUACCAAAUCAGUCAUUUGAGCUGCAUAUUGAAACUUCAUAGAAUGUGCCUCUCUGAAAGAGUGAAUCUUCCUCUACCAUUUUGCUAAAAUAUGAAGUCUUUAGAUCAAAUGAAAAAUUUAUGAAAGCAUUCUUAAAGGCCAUUUCUUCCCAAACUGCUGAGUUUUAAGAGAUCAUGUGAAGAAUAAAUGCUUGAUGCUUGUGAACCAACAUUUUCAAACCCUUUUUUUCUCCAUAUUUUGUAAUUCUCUUUCCAAAAUUUUAUGAUAAUUCCACCAAUUGCGAAAAAGUAUUAACCCUGGUUCAUAAGCUACAUACCACAAGUCCAGUGGUUAAGGUCCUUAGAGAGACCAGGUAAUGAGGAUUAAUACCUUAACAACCAACUUGGUUUAGAACCCCGGGUUCCAGAUUGCAAGACUUCUACCACUUUACAGGUGAUCAGAGCUCUAGGAUUUGUUCUUUCAAACUCAACUUAAUCUCAUCUGAAUGGGUGUGGGUUUUGAUCUGGUCUGUCCCAAAUUAAUUAAAAAAAACUAAAUUGUGAGGAAGGGUGAAGUACUGAAAUGAUGAUGUCUCAAAAUACUUUCCUUUUGCUUAUCAGCAUUUUUGUAUACCAUGUCUCGGUGGAGCAUGAUGAAAUCCAAAAUUUGAUGAGAAUCAGUUUGCAGGGGCCCCAAAAUAUGGUCAUACAUGAAUGAAUAUCUUUGAUGAAUUGAGCAUUUGUAUGGUCAUUCCUUGGGCCACCGUGAACCUGAUCCCCACUACAAUGCCUUUUAAAAUGCAACAUACAAUUGGAAUCCUGAUUUCGGAUGUCACAAAGUCAUAGCCCGUUUUAUUGUAGAACAAAGAUUUUUUUUAUUCACUCCUUUUCCCCACUAUUUGUUUAUUUAUUGAUUGAUUUAUUAAUUCCUUCAUUCGUUUAUAACUACCUAUUUAUUUGGUUUUCAUUCUUAUUAAUUUCAUAUAGUCAUAAUAAUAUUCCUUUCUCUUAUUAUACAUACACAUUAAUAACAUAUUAUAUUAUUUCAUAUUUUACUUCAUGUAACUCUUUGGUUUAUACUUUAUCGAUAUUACCUCCUGGUUUCAUACAAUUACACAUUAUAAAAAAGUUAAACAGUUUUGAAAUGAAAAUGUUUCUAGUUAAAGGAUCAUGAUGAACUUCAAAUGUUAAUGGAGAAAAAUCUGAUAUACUUGCCAAUGCCAACCUUGUCCGCACA